GGCGCACGCGCCGCCUCGCGCAGGGGCCGGAGGAGGCCGGGCCUGUCAGACCCCGCGCGGGGCCGGCCUCCGAGCGAGCGGCGCGGGGCGGGCGCAGCAGCUGGCGCUCGGCCUCGAUCCCUGGCCCCGGGACGCAGCAGCAGCAGCAGCAGCGCGAGCCGCCCGGGCACGGGGAUGCGCAGUGGUGGCGGCGGCGGCGGCGGCGGCCCGCGGGUAGCUGAGCGCCGCGGGGUCCUGAGCCGCCCCGGAGCUGGCGCGCGGUCGGGGCGCAGCGAUCGUAGCGGGUCUGGUUCUCCUCACCAUGGGCAGGGACACGAGUCGCUGCCCUGAGGAGCCCGAGCGCCGGUGAAGGCGGAGCCGCCCGCCCUGCGCGGCCAUGGCCGGCCCCGGCGGCGCGUGGAAGCGCCUCAAAUCCCUGCUGCGAAAGGACGACGCGCCGCUCUUCUUAAAUGACACCAGCGCCUUUGACUUCUCCGACGAGGUGAGCGACGAGGGCCUCUCGCGCUUCAAUAAACUUCGGGUCGUGGUGGCCGACGACGACUCGGAAGCCCCGGACAGGCCUGUGAACGGAGCGCACCCGGCCCUCCAGGCCGACGAUGACUCCUUAUUGGACCAGGACUUACCUUUGACCAACAGUCAGCUGAGUCUGAAGAUGGACCCCUGUGACAGCUGCAGCAAACGGCGCGAGCUGCUGAAGCAGAGGAAGGUGAAGACCAGGCUGACCAUCGCGGCCGUCCUGUACUUGCUUUUCAUGAUCGGAGAGCUUGUAGGUGGAUACAUUGCAAAUAGCUUAGCAAUUAUGACAGAUGCACUUCAUAUGCUGACUGACCUCAGUGCCAUCAUACUCACUUUGCUUGCUUUGUGGCUGUCCUCAAAGUCACCAACCAGAAGAUUCACCUUUGGAUUUCAUCGCCUAGAGGUCUUGUCGGCUAUGAUCAGUGUGAUGUUGGUGUAUGUACUUAUGGGAUUCCUCUUAUAUGAAGCUGUGCAGAGAACAAUCCACAUGAGCUAUGAAAUAAAUGGUGACAUCAUGCUCAUCACCGCAGCUGUUGGAGUUGCAGUUAAUGUAAUAAUGGGGUUUCUGUUGAACCAGUCCGGUCACCACCAUUCCCACGCCCACGCCCACGCCCACGCCCUGGCUUCAAAUUCUCCAAGCAUGGUGUCUAGUGGACACAGUCAUGGGCAGGACAGCCUGGCAGUGAGAGCUGCAUUUGUCCAUGCCCUGGGGGAUUUGGUCCAGAGUGUUGGUGUGCUUAUAGCUGCAUACAUCAUACGGUUCAAGCCAGAAUACAAGAUUGCUGAUCCCAUCUGUACAUACAUAUUUUCAUUACUUGUGGCUUUCACAACAUUUCGAAUCAUAUGGGACACAGUAGUGAUAAUACUGGAAGGUGUACCAAGCCAUUUGAAUGUAGAUUAUAUCAAAGAGUCAUUGAUGAAAAUAGAAGAUGUAUAUUCUGUGGAAGAUUUGAAAAUCUGGUCUCUCACUUCGGGAAAAUCCACUGCCAUAGUUCACAUGCAGCUAAUUCCUGGAAGUUCAUCUAAAUGGGAAGAAGUGCAGUCCAAAGCUAAGCAUUUAUUACUGAACACAUUUGGCAUGUAUAAAUGCACUAUUCAGCUCCAAAGUUACAGACAAGAAGUGAACAGAACUUGUGCAAAUUGUCAGAGUUCCAGUACCUGAGUCUGUGUCCUUGGGGUCGACAGCCUUAUUUAUCCUGCAGUCACAGACUUGAGAGCAAUAAAUGCAAACCUAAUGGAGUCCCUGACAGCUGUGUCCAUGUCAAGUACCGGUCUCUCAAAAACAGUCACUUGGGUCUGACUGAUAAUUGCAUGAUUUUCAGAUGAAGUUUCCAAAGUACUGUUUACAGAGUGAGAUGUAACUCUGCAGAUACCUCAUAGAAGACAAUCCAAGACCAUGCUUCACUAAUCUGACAGAAUACACAAGACAUACAGGAAGACUCAGAAUUCAGUAUUUGCAUCUAAAACUACUUUUUACAGGCCUUUUAUAUGAAGUCAGUGCUAGCAAACUCAGUGUUGAAUUAUUUGGGAUUUUUGUCUCUGUGUAACCUUGGCAUCUAGUUUCUGGAAUUGUGUUCUGUUUUUAUAAAAAUCAGCCCUCAACAGAUUUCAGAAAGUAAUAAUAUCCAGAAAAUGGAAUAAGCAUGUAUUCCUAAGUAUUUCAGAACUGUUUUAUUUCACAGACAACUCUUAAUAUUAUUAUUAGAGUCAUACUUUAUAGGCAAAUUUUCCAGAUGUUACUGGGUUUUGAAUCUCAAUGUUUUGAUUAUUUGUAAUCUUAUCAGAAAUAAUGUCACUGUCAUUAAAUUGUUUAGGAAAUUGUUACUAGAACUCUGAAUGGCAGAGAUUAGAUUUAACCUCAGUUACCUUGCCAUGUGGUGGUCUAAAACAGAGGAGCAAGCAGUGGGGUGUGAGGUUUGGAUUUCUGUCCUCCCUGAAGAUCACUUCUGUGCUUUCUGUAGAGUUGUCUCAGGACAGUAGGAGACAAAAGCUUCAGCAGUUCUCCACGUCCUUUGAAGAAGUGCCAACAGUUGUUAGUCAUCAUUUGCUUAGUACCCUGUUCUCAUGUGUACACCAUGAUCCCUAUGCAUCUUUCAGUAACUAGAGAGCACCUGAGUUUAUUAAUGCCUGCCAUGCAGAGUACCCUGCUACUCCAGAGAGAAUUCCUGUUUAUGGUACAGGUUGGGGGGGUUCUCCAUGCAUUACAGAAACCCCCAAGUACAAUAUUGAAGUUUUGCAAUAAUGCUAUGGCAGAAAGAUAGAGAGGGAUUGGCAGAGAAAACGCUUUGAGAAAACAAAGGAUAAAAGGUUUUGGUUUUUUUAACCAUGUAUGUGCACAGAAGAACCGAAGUAAGGAUGGACAUCCAAGCUAUGUCAGGGGAGCGGCAUAAAUAUUUCCAAGCCUAAGGGAACAUAUUGGCAGGAAUUUGUUGAAGAGGCGGUCAUGGACAUUCAUCUUUCGUUUCCAGCAGUUGUUUGGAGAUGAUCUCUUUUCAGCGUGGACCCUCUAUAUGGCUCUUUAGUUGUUUGGAGAUGAUCUCUUUUCAGCAUGGACCCUCUAUAUGGCUCUUGGCUCCUCAGAGGAUCAGAGUGGGGUGACAAUGUCCCUGCGUUGUGAAUUGAAAUCCUAGAAACCAAAUGAUGUGUGAAUGAAGGGAGGGGAGGUGUUAUCUUCUUACUACAGACUUUCCCUGUGUGUAAAGCUAAAAUAAGGAAAUCCAGAUUUACCCAUAAGGUUGUUGGGUAAUCAAAAAACAGCUCAUGUUACCUAAUAAAACCCAGUAGUAUUUGUUGAAUUCAAAGUUUGCUUUGGAAAAAAAGAAUUAAAUUUACUUUGUUGACUUAUUAUUGUGAGUCCAUUUAAAAUUAUAAAUCUGAAUUUCAGAAUUUUUGGAAUAUAAACUAAAUACAACAGUGAUAACCAUAUGAGUAAGUGACAGGCAUUUAAGUGGCUGCCUGGGCAUUUGUGGCCUUUAGGUAUCUAGGAAAGAAAGGGAAAAAUGUACAUUUUAUACUUAACACUUUCCCAUGUCAGUUGAGUUUAUUUCUUCUAAGCAUCCUUUAUCACAAUGUGGGCAUAUUUAGAUUUUCUUUUUUCUUUUCUUUUCUUUUGUUGUUGUUGUUGUUU